CAAGUCUCCUGAUCAACUGAAAAAGUCUCACACGCCUCAUCUCCAACAUUUUUCUACCCCCAUUCUUUCCCUCCCCAAACCCAAAACCCUCCACUAUAAAAAAAUCCGUCGAGAUUCACAAAUUCAUCCAUCCAGUUCUUCAGCGCUGCUACUGCAAUUUGCAUCUUCAUCGUCUGUUAUUUUUGUUCCAGUGAAACAAAAGAAAUGAUUGAGCUGUUUUUCGCGGUGGCUUUCUCGGCGAUGCCGUUGACACUCUACGUCCCGCCGAUCCGAAGCUUAAACUUGUUCGUCGAGUCGUUGGUGAACCUGCUCCGGCAAACCACGGCCUAUACUCAUCGGGUCUUCCCUCGUCUCCGGACUGCCGUCUCCAGAUUGCUCUCUAACUAUUCCACCUCUCGCCGGAUGUAGAUUGUAAAAAAGGUUCAGUUUUUCCUUUUCGAGAUUCAACACAUCCAAACCGGCCCUUUAUUUUCUUUGUUAAGAGUAAUUUAAUCGCAGGAUGAGUGGGAUUUUGGAUUGAAUACCGAUACUGGCAAAAGCAGAUCAAUAAUCACCUCCUUUUUUUUUUUUUUUUCCUUCUGGAGACUGGAGAUUGUAUGAGCAGAUAUAAUAUCAUUUUGUACCUUUUUUUCACUGUGAAUUUGAGGUGAAAUGUACAUGAUCGAAGAAAAAGGAAAUGCACUUUGUAUGAUUUCCUUUUUAUUAUUUUUGGUAAAUCCGAUGAUGGGUUGACUUCA